GAUUGGCCGAUCAGCAAUUAUUAAUCAAAUAGUCAGUCGUCACCGACGUCACUCCACUCUAGCCAGAGUGAGUGGUGAGCUGGUGAGUGAGGUGAGUCAGUCAGUUGGUGCUGGGAUGUUUAGACGUGAACGACGUGAAGAACUGAGAUCAUUAUAACCUUACGAUGGAGGAUUUCACUCCAAGAGCUUAUCAAAUAGACCUUUACGAGAAAGCUGUCGCCCAAAAUACUAUUAUUUACCUGCCGACGGGAUCGGGAAAAACUUACAUAGCAGUAAUGCUCAUAAAGAAAUACAGCGAUAGAGUGCAGUUGCCGUAUAGUAAAGGCGGUAAACGCAUCAUUUUUGCGGUAAAUACGGUCCCUUUGGUAUCUCAGCAAAGCGAGUAUAUUGCCAGACACACAGGCCUCGCAUGUAAAGGAUUUUCAGGGGAUAUGGGUGUUGACUAUUGGUCCAAAGAGGACUGGCUCAAAGAGAUUGAAGACAAUCAGGUUCUUGUACUGGUGGCAGAAAUAUGUUUGUCCUUAAUACAACAUGGAAUUAUGCGAUUGAGCGACAUCUCUCUGCUUAUUUUCGACGAGUGCCACAAAGCUGUUGGUAAUCAUCCCAUGAGAAAUAUUAUGAAAAGAUUUGAGUCGUUUGACAGCAGCGAACAUCCUAGGAUAUUGGGCUUGACUGCGACACUUUUGAAUGCUAAUGUCAAAGUUGAAAAAGUAGAAGCAACAAUUCGGGAUCUUGAAAUCACUCUUCAUUCUCGGGUUGCUACUGCAAAUUCAUAUAACACGUUCCGAGAAUACGGAAACCUGGACGAAAAAUUUGUUCGGUACAAUCCUCCCACAACUUAUGGUAUCGAAGUCGAGCUUGGAUUACUUUUUGAUUACGCAAUUGGCAUACUGGAUACGAUCAAGUUGAAAGGUUCUUUCGACUGCGAGUUGUCAAGCAAGGAGUUAUCGCCAAAGCCAAAAAAUUUGAGACUGAAAAAUUUGAUUGAAGACGCACGGGAGCACAUUAACACAAUGGGAUUGUAUGGGGGCAGCAAAUGUCUUCUUUUGCACAUGAUACAGCUAGAAAGUAUGAAAAAAACAACUGACGAUCUUCAAACGAUGACAAUACUCGAAUUUUUGAUCACGCAAUUGACGAAAAUGCGAAAAAUCAUCGAACACAAAAUGGACGGAUAUUCAGAGCUUAACAAGAUAUUCAAAUUUUCUUCAGACCAAGUGUUAAAAACAGUGGAAUCUUUGAAGCACUUUAACAGCACGAAAGAUGACGAGCAAAAAUUUUGUUGCAUCGUAUUUGUUCAACGGAGGGUUAGCGCACGUGUUUUAUACAACAUAUUGAAGAACCUACAAAAACUAAACGAGCAGUACAGUUUUUUGGUUCCGGACUACAUACUCGGAUACACGAACAAUCCGUACAAAAAUCCACGGGAAGCCCUGUGUUUAUCCAAGUGGAAUAAGGAAGCUUUGCUGAGAUUCCGAAGUGGGCAUUCUAAUUGUCUAGUAGCAACAGACGUCGUUGAUGAGGGCGUGGACGUGCCAACGUGCACGCUCAUCGUCCGGUACGAUCUUCCGUUAGAUUUUCGAAGUUACGUUCAGAGCAAAGGACGAGCACGACACAAAUCGAGUCGCUACAUCAUGCUAAUUUCGAGCGAGGACAAAAGUUUCCCAUCGAAACAUAAAAAUUUUCAGAGGGUCGAGAAUCUCAUGAAAAUGGCUCUUAUCGGACAUACCGACGAUCGUGAGGAAGUCUCCGCCGAAGAAAUCGAAGAAAAGUUGUACAAAACUGAAACACCGCCGUACGUCGUCGUUGACGAGGACGGCAAUAAGGCAACUGUUACCGACUUGUCCUCGAUUGGUUUGAUCAACCUCUAUUGUGCCAAUUUGAUAAAAUCCAAAUUUAUCAGUCUCACACCAACUUGGAUAUUGCAUAAAAAUCGCAGCGAAAUAACUCCAGAGUUACGUUACAAGGUGUCUCUGACUCUACCUUCAGUAUCGCCGCUCAAUCACACUAUCGAGGGUGACGUGAGGGACAGUAUAGCAGAGGCAAAACGAUCGGCUGCCUUGAAAGCAUGCGUGGAACUCCAUAAAAUUGGCGAAUUAACCAAUCAUUUGCUACCCGUGGAACCUAGUGCUGUUCUCGGUUGUAAUGAACAUUUGUUUCCACAUUGGGAAGAAGAAAAAUUUGAUCCACACGUUGGAAUACCUGGAACAGCAAGCAAAAAACGCAUUCACCCGAUAAAACAUCCCGAGUCUCUGAAUGCAGCUUUUCCGGUAUCCAAACGACCGCUUUAUCUUCAUUUGAUUCAAGCGAAACCAAGUUAUCCAAAGCCUUACGAGAAUCGGCAAUGGGUCUUUUACGAAAUGUUGUGCGAUGACGCUGGUUUUGGGUUGGUCACGACUAAACCUAUACCACAGAUUCCAGGAUUUCCGAUAUUCAUGAACGUCGGUGAAUUGAAAGUAAAUUUGAAAGUAAAUCACUCAGUUUUCGAAAUGUCAGAAGAAAACAUCGCCGAAUUGGUACAGUUUCACUGGCUAAUUUUUCACAAAGUCCUCAACAUCAUUAAAAGUUUCAUGGUAUUUGACACGGAGAAUAAAAGCAACAGCUUCUUAGUCGUUCCGACCGAUGCGAAUGGAAAUUUGUGCUGGUCGACAAUUCAAAAGUAUAAAAUGAUCGAGGAGACUCCACCUUCCGAACCAUUGAACGUUUUCGAAUACGAUCAAGCUCUCAUAAAGCCCAGCUAUAGAUCGUCGUCAAGCGUCUACGUUGUUACGCAAGUCUGUGACGAUCUCAUGGCUGAAUCGCCAUUUCCGAAUGGCGAUUAUCACAGUUAUAUGCACUAUUACAAGGAUCGACACGGUCUGACUAUUCGUAAUCCCAAACAACCGAUGCUCGAGGUCAAGGCCAUUUCUAAAAAAAUUGAUUGCAUAAGACCGAGAGGCAUUAAAGCUGGAUUGAGCAAAAGAAAAUGUGCGGACAUACUAGAAGAUUUCGAGGAGCAUUUCGUCGCUGAAUUGUGUAACAGAACCAACUUUUCGGCUCUCUACUGGCUCAAAGCGAGUUAUUUACCAUCGGUGUUGCACAGAGUUUGUCAAUUGCUCGUAGCCGAGGAUCUUCGUGCACAAAUCGUGAGAGAAGCGCGUCUUGGUGUUAUGAAACUCGAAGGAGGUUCUCUUUGGCCUCCGGUCGUAAUUAAAUCCACCGACAUCGAUGAACACCCGGAACUUUUGCUCGAAGUAUCGACCGCCGAUGAAUCAUUCGUCGAGCUUUCUGCAUCACCAAUCGAUAUACCCGGUCCGGAAAUUGACACUCUCGAAUCGAACCUUUAUCCAUGGAAAAAAGAAUCUGAGCCAAUAAACCUGUACGGGGAUAUUGAAAAAAUUCAACUUAUUGACAUUGAAUAUUAUCAUCAAUUUAUGGCAACUCCAUUGGGCACCGACGAAGAUGAAAUUUUGAAAAAGCGAAACCGUUCUCAGCCAUUUGCUACUAGGCCCAAGACGAAAGCGCCCGUAUUGGAAAUACUGAACAAAAAUGAUGAAGUCGGUCCGAGCCCGGCGGUUAUAAUGCAAGCCCUUACAUCAAAAUCGUCUCACGAUGUUUUCGAUCUCGAAAGACUCGAGACUCUCGGUGAUUCUCUGUUGAAAUUUGCCGUGUCCCUCUUUUUGUACGAGACUUAUCCGGAGUACGGCGAAGGUCAGUUAACCGUGAUAAAGGGGAAAAUGGUUGGCAAUCGGAAUCUCUAUUAUUGCGGUACAAACAAACAAAUACCUGGACGAAUGAAAGUAGAGAGAUUUGAACCAAUGUGCAAUUUCAUAUCACCCGCUUUUACCGUCAUGCGACCGCUUCAAAAUCUGUUGCUGAGCUCCGAGACAUCGCCCAACGUUUUAUACGAAAUAAUGAUUCCAUCGAACGAGCAAUUAGCGGGCAUCCCCUCAAAUGCAACUCUCGUCAGAAUGGAAGAAAUCGUGUCGUCUUGGAACGAAGAGAAUGCUCAUACGGGAAUGGAACCCUUUUUGGAUGUACAAAGUGUACCCGACAAAUCUGUAUCGGAUGGUGUUGAGGCUCUCAUCGGUGUUUAUCUUAACACAAUGGGUCUUACGGGAGCUUUUAAAAUCCUCACGUGGUUUAAUAUUCUUCCAUUGGAACUACGGAUCGACGAUAUCCUUCGGAAAGUUUCCAGGAGUCCGAGAAUUGGAACUGGAAAUCCAGACGAUCACAUGCCACAGGCCGACUAUAUCCAGAAACAGAUAGGCUACAAAUUCAAUGAUCGAGCUUAUCUUUUGCAGGCAUUUACACAUCCGUCUUAUACUCCCAAUAACAUUACACCCGGAUACGAGAGAUUGGAAUUUCUCGGAGACGCCGUACUCGAUUUCUUAAUAACGGUUCACAUAUACGAGUCGUGUGAUUAUUUGAGCCCUGGUGCUCUGACAGAUUUGCGAUCAGCUCUCGUCAACAACAUUACCUUUGCAUGUUUGGCCGUAAAAUAUGGUUUUCACACGGCCCUGAUGGCGUACGCGCCAAAACUCCAAGAAAUAAUCGAGAGAUUCGUUAAAUUCCAAGCGGAUCGAGAUUUCAUUGUGGACGAUGAAUUACUUUGGAUACUCCUAGAGGAAGAAGACUGCAAAAUGGCGGAAUUCGUAGAUGUGCCAAAAAUUUUAGGCGACUUGUUCGAAUCGGUGAUCGGGGCCAUUUACCUCGACACCGGGAAAAAUUUGCACAAAGUUUGGGAGAUCGUGUACACCAUGAUGCAAAAAGAAAUCACCACUUUCAGCAAGCAAGUGCCGAAACAGCCUAUACGUGUUAUUCACGAAACCCCCGGCGCAAAUCCCAAAUUUACGAAUACAUCGACGGUUGAUGGAACGCAAACAGUAAUGGUGACACUGGAGGUCACGAUCGCCGGAAAAACGAAGACGUUUCAUGGAUUUGGAGCGAACAAGAAACAAGCUAAAUGUGCUGCCGCUAAGCAAGCUCUCAAGUGCAUCAGAAGCAACGUGUGAAAUGUGUCGCUUCUUAUUUUUCCUAUCUUUCUAUGAUUUCACUUCCCAUUUGUAUAUCUCGAAAAAAUUUCUUUUUAUAUACUUAGAGUUUACAAGCUGCGAUACCAUAACAUUCAGUUGUUUCGUUCAUACGUUUGAGAAAUUGAAUAUUCAGAUUUCCUUUUGACACUAAAAAAUUAUAAUUUUUAUAGCUAUUGAGUUGACCGUUCGAUCAAACGUUGAGAGAAGAUAUUUGCGCAAAAAUAACAAUUUUAUAGAGGACAAGAAGAUCGACCCCUUCCGUUUCAAUUUCAUAAACUUUAUUGUUCAUUACAUUGAUGACAUGUGAUUAAACGUAUCCCCAAUUAUUUAGUGAUUACGAUUACAAUGUUACAAUGUAAAUUUGAGACACUUCCAGAAUUAAAUGGUGUUAUAAAUGGUACGAUAUGUAAAUGAAUGUUAUGUGCAAAAAAAUAAAUAUAAUGCACCGAG